AUGUGGGGUAAAAACCAAAAGAAUCAGAAAGGGCCUCGCCCGCCUGACAAUUUUGAUAAUCCCGACCAUCCAGGAAGCUCAAAGACCCAGGGUGGUGAAAUUCGAGUACCUAAACUCUUUAGAACUCCUUCGGAUCGCAAGCGCCUUAUUGACAGGAAAAGGGCAAUGAGCUGCCACCAAUUGGCUUCGGAACGUAUUUCAAUACUGAAGAAACUAUCUGAGGCACAACAUGAGGUGCAAAAGCGUCAAGAUGAGUUAGAUGUCCUGACAGCUGCAAUGAACGGGAAAAAUUGCUAG